GGUGUGUUGGAGACGUAGAUUUCCAGCGCCGUAGGCCGGGAGGGGGUAGGUGGAGAUGACUUUUUUCCCCCCGCGACGCAGUCGCUGCGUUUCUAGUUAGUUCCUCAGCUGGGUAGGGAGAGACACACACACACAGAGACACAGACGCUGGGCGGGAAGUGCCUGAGAUCGAGUUAGGUCCUCUUGCCCCAUAGGAGCUGCCGCAGAGGCAGAGUGCCUACCAACUCUCGCACCCAUCACCGGCGGAGGCAGAAAAGAACCGGCAGGCCAGUGUGAGAGGGAGUGCCCUCCGUCCAUCACCAUGACAUCCCGAAGGUGGUUUCACCCCAACAUCACUGGAGUGGAGGCAGAGAACUUGUUGCUGACUAGAGGAGUUGACGGGAGUUUCUUGGCUCGACCGAGUAAGAGUAAUCCAGGUGACUUCACGCUUUCAGUGAGGCGAAAUGGUGCAGUAACGCACAUUAAAAUUCAGAACACAGGUGAUUACUAUGAUUUGUAUGGAGGAGAGAAGUUUGCUACACUGGCUGAGCUGGUGCAGUACUACAUGGAGCACCAUGGACAACUCAAGGAGAAAAAUGGCGAUGUCAUUGAACUGAAAUACCCACUGAACUGUGCUGAUCCUACCUCUGAGAGGUGGUUCCAUGGACACCUCUCGGGAAAAGAGGCAGAGAAGCUGCUGACAGAAAAAGGAAAACCAGGAAGUUUCCUUGUGCGAGAGAGCCAAAGCCAUCCAGGAGAUUUUGUUCUGUCUGUGAGGACUGGCGAUGAUAAAGGAGAUAGCAGUGAAGGAAAGCCAAAGGUCACUCAUGUAAUGAUCCGAUGCCAGGAUGGGAAAUAUGACGUAGGUGGAGGGGAGAAGUUUGAUUCCUUGACAGACCUGGUGGAGCACUACAAAAAGAACCCUAUGGUGGAAACCCUGGGCACUGUCUUGCAGCUUAAGCAGCCGUUAAACACAACACGAAUUAAUGCAGCUGAGAUUGAAAGCCGAGUGAGGGAACUGAGCAAACCAGCUGAGAUGAUGGACAAGGUGAAGCAAGGUUUCUGGGAAGAGUUUGAGACACUACAACAACAAGAGUGUAAACUUCUCUACAGUCGAAAGGAAGGACAGCGACUAGAAAAUAAAAACAAGAAUCGCUACAAGAACAUCCUGCCCUUCGAUCACACUCGAGUGGUCCUACAUGAUGGAGAUGUGACUGAAUCUGGUUCCGAUUACAUCAAUGCCAAUUUCAUAACGCAUGACAUUGAAAGCAAUCGAACCACUACAAAACCAAAGAAGAGUUACAUUGCUACGCAGGGCUGUUUGCAGAACACGGUGAAUGACUUCUGGAGGAUGGUUUUUCAAGAAAACUCGAGUGUAAUUGUCAUGACUACAAAAGAAGUGGAACGAGGAAAAAGCAAAUGUGUGAAAUACUGGCCAGAUGAAAUGUCCCUGAAGGAAUAUGGUGGUAUGCGUGUCAGGAAUGUACGAGAGAGUCCAGCACAUGAUUAUAUCUUGAGGGAGCUCAAACUCUCUAAAGUAGGGCAGGGAUGCACUGAAAGGACUGUGUGGCAAUAUCAUUUCAAAACGUGGCCAGAUCAUGGUGUUCCCAGUGAUCCAGGUGGUGUUCUGGAUUUUCUGGAAGAAGUAAAUGUGAAACAGGAGAACAUCCCAGAGACUGGGCCAAUUGUUGUUCAUUGCAGUGCAGGGAUUGGGCGCACAGGGACCUUUAUUGUGAUUGACAUUCUGAUUGACAUCAUCAGAGAGAAAGGUGUAGACUGUGACAUUGAUGUUCCAAAGAGCAUCCAGAUGGUACGGUCUCAGCGUUCUGGGAUGGUUCAGACUGAGGCCCAGUACAGGUUCAUUUACAUGGCUGUUCAGCACUAUAUUGAAACCCUGCAGCGUCGCAUCGAAGAGGAGCAGAAAAGUAAGAUUAAAGGCCGUGAAUACACAAACAUCAAAUAUUCCUUAUCAGACCUUACGUGUGGAGGAGAUCAGAGUCCUUUCCCACCCUGCACACCCAAUCCAGGGUGCACAGAGAUGAAAGAUGAGGGUGGCCGGAUCUAUGAAAAUGUUGGCUUGAUGCAGCAGCAAAAGGGCCAUAGAUGAGAUGAUACAAGUGUUCGGAACAGAAUAGAAAGGAACAAGUGGCUGUGAAAAGCAGAGGAGAAAUAGAAAUACGUCAGAUGUGAGUGGAAUGAAAAAUGACCAUCGAAGGUUUAGUUCAGAGUUUUGUGGAAUGGAUUUUCACCCUUCCCCACAGUUAAACACUAAAAGUGAAAAGUAACUUCCCAUAUUGCUUUCCAAAUGCCAUUCUCUGUGCUAAGAACUGAAGCAUCACCUAUAAUUUAUGCGUCAUUCACAUUGCUUUUUCAGUAUUUUACUGACGUGAAACCCAAGUGCCUUUUUACAGUCACAGUCUCUCUGCAGUCAUUUUUACUUUGUGUACUUGAACUUGUUUUAAUUCACUUUAAGUGCAGAAUAGUUUUUUUUAAAUCCCAGUUGAGGUUGUUAGAAAAUCAUACAUUAAAAUGAAUCUUGAAAGAAUAGUGUGCUUUUAUCAACAUGUUCAGUAAUAUUGAUGUAGACCAUGAGAGUGUUAUGUGUUGUACAUUUGGCUUUCCUUGUUUUUAUUAACAACUUAAAAGAGGGACAGUUGGAAUUUGCACAUGGGAUUCCCCCGCCACCCCGUUUCCUCCUCUUGUUAAGUUGUUGGAAGUAUUGAUGCUUUUUAAAACAUUAAAUUCUUAUCUUUGUAAAAAAGUGAUUCACUGGCCGUAACCUCACUGUCAGGGUUGAUACCGUGUUGGAGAUUAGGUGUGUGUGCUACCCCACACGAUGUAUGUUAUUUCUUAUCAAAACAUUUUCUUUAAAUUCAUUUUCAUUCUGUGCCAAUAAGAUUGAUCUUCCUGGUCAUAAUGGGAGGAUUCUGCAGCCUAAGCUCAGUUGAGAUAAAAACAGAAGUGCCGAAGGAAAUUUGGUUUGGCAACAAGUGUGAAAAGAGAAACUGAGUUAACAAUUUGAGUCCAACGACUCAUCAUCAGAUCUCCAGCAGUCACAGUGCUUUGUGUUUAGUUCCAUUUGAGCUCUGAAUUCAGGACCUGCUUGCCAGGGAACUUGACACUUGGUAGGAUUUAGAGUUCCAUUUGUAUCCUCGAAGUCACAGCUAGAGAUAACCAAGUUGACUGUCCUCCCCAUGAAAUUUCUCUCUUUCUUUGCAUACUUUCUAUACAAUGAGUAAGGCAAGCUCGCAUGUCUGAGAGAGUCAAAGUUGGUGCCACUCUCCUUUUUAAAAGACCUCAAGCUGGGAACAAGUGAUUUUCCUCUGUUGCGCCUAUAAAAUUUUGUUUGCCAAUGUGGUCCCCUCCUAUAUGCCCUCAGCUCUGUUUACUAAUAUAGGCUACAAUUUGUGCAAGCUCCAUAUGAGACAAAUGAGUCAUAAAAAGACUUGGGUAUUGUUUUGGUUUAAACAUUUUGUACUUGAAUUGAAAGGUUAUUUUCUAUGUACUGUUGUAUGAACUACUACUUUAAAUUCUCCAUGGAACAGAAACAAGCAUGCCUACAGUUUGAUGUCCUAGUGUUCAAGGAAACAAUGGAUUAGCUGGACAGGAGUUGGAAACUAACUGCCUUGAGGGUACCACAGCUUUUCUCUGCCUAGUGUUUUCUUGAAACUUGGAAAAGACGAGUUGCAGCUUCCCGAGGUUGUCCCUGUCUGGUAGCUUGUGGUACUGGACCCACUUGAAGAGGUUCACCAGAAUUCAAUAUACAGUCCAAAUACAAGAAAAGCUUGCAAGACCUCAUUUUGCCUGUUUUCUGGAGAGUUGAUAAAAGGGGCCUUUUUUAAGCCAAACAUGGUCACAAUCUAUUGAGGUAUAGGCCAUUGUCCUGGCCCUUUGCUCAUCUAUCCCUUUUUAAAAACCAAUCUCUAACCCAAGUUACAACUAUACAAUGCAUUUGCAUUGCCCACAGAAGCCAUCAGUUCAUUUGUGACCAUGUCUGGGCAGGAGUGGUGCUGCCUUCCUCUUUGCCUGUUGCCUCUUCGCUCCAUGACCUUUCUUAUGGAACUAUGUGUAUGUGUGUAGGACAAUAUGGCACAUCCCAGAAACAGACUUCUGAAAUAGGAAGUGUUGGAAAUGCUCAGGGGAUCUGACACCAUCUGGAGACAGACAGAGACAGAGAGAGAGAGAGACAGACAGAGAGAGAGAGAGAGAGAGACAGAGAGAGAGAGAGAGACAGAGAGAGAGAGAGAGACAGAGAGAGAGAGAGAGACAGAGAGAGAGAGAGAGAGACAUAAAGUUUUGAGUCAAAACUAAAACUUCAAAAGAUUCAGAACCAGAUUUGAGUUCAGGAUGAAUGGAAAAACUGAGUUAUCGACUUGAUUAGACCAUAUUAAAUUCUGACCUUGGAGGAGCAGAUGAUGCCUUGUAAGAACACAUUUAAACUUCCACUUCUCCUUUGUUUGAAAGGAUUAAAUAGGCAUUGAAAAAACUGGUGUGUUCAUGACGGCUAAUACUGUCUAACUUCCCCACUGUCUACAAACAAUUGACUAAACUGUUCAGUCAGACUUUUAAGUAUGGAACAUGAUUAAGUUGUAUUUCCAGACAGUGAAGUGUGUAAGCAGAAUUUUCCAGUAUGCAAUACUUUUUAAACCACGGUACAAGUAUUUAAGUCUGUGCCAAAUAUUUUGGGUAAAUCUAACGUGGACCUCCAUCAGCCCCACUCUCUGCGGGUAGUAUCCGUCCAAUGAUGCCUAUGACUUGGAUAGGCUUUUGUGAGAGACUGCUGGUAUCAGUCUGUAAUUAACUAUGUUGAGGAUAUGAAACAAAUUUUAAAACUUUGAAAUGGAAAUCUAAAUGUUAGCAUGUGCAGGAAACUGAGUUGAGUACCUUGUCUCUAAAGCAGCUUGUGAAACUAUUCAUGUUUAAAAUAUGACCAUGGAUUCUAUUGUGUUUGUUGACUGGAGUUAUUUGGAGGAUUUUACGCUUGAAUCACGAUUUUAUAAUUUUGUGAUGUGUUAAAACUUUUAUUUCCUCCUGCCUUCCAAGUUCCACACCACAUGUGACUAACUUACCUGGAGGGUGGGUUGUCAACUACUUCCAGGCUUCUACCAACAGCUGUGAGAAGCCACAUGAGAGCACCUCAGCAAUGAAUAUCUAUCUGCAAUAUGACUAUGCUUCCUAACUUCUUUCUCUGUGGAGGAGCUUGGCCUCUGCUCAGUUUCCAGAUGUCAGGAACUCCUGGAUCAGCAAUGAAUCCACAUUGCUCAUUACUCUGCACUGAUGUCCUAAUGCAUGCUGCCAUUGCAAAGCUAUUUCAUGUUUUACAGUUCAGCAUUAACUGGGGAUAUAAGUAGUUUGGAAUUCUGCAUUUGGUUUGUGAAUCCGUAUCUGGAGCAGACUACCUUGCUAAAAAGCUUUCGACUUCACAACACUUAAAUUCAAUACUGAACAUAAAAAGAAACUUGGGGGUGGGGGUGGGAAUUAAUUUUAGAAAGUCUUGGGUGUACCCAGUUGGCCUUUUUAAUGUGAAUUGAGUUGUUCCAGUGCUUCAGAUUAUUACAUGGGCUGUUUGUUCACCUGCAGAAUCGCCAACCGAAUAACCCAUUGUAGACGAUCAGAAUAAUGGUGCAAUGACUAUAAAUGAUAUCUGCAUUUUAUUAUCCAUCCUGUAAUUUCACAUUUUGUCAAAGUACAUACCAUUCAGAUGCCUAGUUUAUGUACAGACACAGAAAAUGAUUUUCCUAUAUUUAUAAAAGUAUAUAUGGGUGGUCGUCGAUUUUCUUUUUUUUUUGCUAAUCAUGCUGUGAUUUUAAGGCUAUGUAAGCUGAUAUCAGAGUAUAAAUGUAUUUGUAAUG